UCAAUGCUCGGGUAUAAAUUCAACACACUGAAAACAUUCUUAGCAUUACGAGCACGACAUUUAUACGCACAGCUACCAUAUUUCUUGUUGAAAGAGACUACCUGAACGUGGACUGUUCAUAAUGGCUACAAGUUUGAAAAUACGUCAGCACAUUCAGAAGAAUGGUGUGAAGGUGAUGGUUUUGGGACAUGAACAAGUUGGUAAGACGACCAUAAUAAACAACCUGUGUAGUAUCAUCUCAGAUACGCUACAGAGCGAGGGGGACACGUUCAAAUUCAUGGAAGCAUCCCUAUCCGAUAUGCCAAACUUAAGGAAAUUGAUGAUUGGAACUGCCAAUGCAUUCAUUCUCACAUAUGCCGUAGAUGAUGAUGCUUCAUUUGAUUACGUCACAACCCUUAUAAAUGAUGUACAAGCAGUAAAAGGAAAAAAUACACCUGUGUUUGUCGUGGCCAAUAAAAUGGACAAAGAAACAACUAUACAGAAGCGUAUCAUAGCAGACUGUGUCAUCACGAUUGAUUACGAAUGCGAUCAUUUUGAGGUGUGUGCCAACACCGGUAAGAAUAUAGACAGCAUAGCCAAAAAGCUGUUUGAUUAUUAUGGAAAAUAUCUUCUGUUUCCAACCAGUAUAGAGGAGGAAGAGACAUAUGCUGAAAUUGAAGAAACAAUGACUAAAUCAAGCAAAAAGCUGAGAACUACAAUUCGCGAAUUCUUUUGCAUAAGAUGAUAAACUGGGUAGUAAAUUUGUAGUGUAAAUAAAGAUUUUUUUCAGUUUAUGUAAUUAUAAAAGUUAAUGUAAUUAUAAAAGUUUAUGUAAUUAUAAAAGUUUAUAUAAAAAUGUUCUAAUAACAGCGUUAAAUAUGUU